UCGUUACCUAAAUUGCGUAGCACUGACUGCGUGUUUUUAGUGUCCUGAUCCUUUUUGCAGCGAGAAGGCAGAAGACUAAACGUUUUGUUUUUCUUAUGACUUUGUCGCUGUCGUUUCAGUGACGUGGAUCGCUAGUUGUUCGCACGGCUCGAGAUGCGCGCGCCACUCUACAGACUUUCUAGUGUUUUGUUGAUACUGUUCAACCUAAGGUAUUCUGUCUUACUCCGGACGCCAAUACAAGAUAAGGUUGUCCUUCGUGUGAUAAACGACGGUAUUGAUGAAGGUGCUACAGCGUUGCUACAGUGCAUGAUGAGCACCAAUCCCGAAGUUCCAGCAAACGUCAACAAAUGGUUGUUUCGACGUCGAGAGUUGUCCAUGUCUACUACAGGACGAAUCUCAAUUGAUCGGUCUGCAACAAAGCACCGACUAUUCAUAAAACAGGCUCUUUCAUCAGACAGUGGAGAGUAUAGCUGUCUGGUUGACAUCAAUGGGACUAAGGUCAAAGCAUCAGCACCUUUGAAAGUUUAUUGCCCAAUUCAGACUGAGACUAUGCCAGUCACCCAAGCUGUGUUGGGUGAAAAUGCAACUAUUACAUGUGGUGGCACGUGCUAUGAUUAUAUCUACUGGAGAAGGAAUGGAGCAAUGUUGAAUAGAGGAGACAAGUACAUGAUUUCGAGACAAAACGGUUCAUUUCUACACAUAAAUAAUGUUUCUCGUACCGAUAAUGGUACGUAUUCGUGUAUUUACUUUACUGGAUCUGGCAAAUUAAAAAAUGCAAUUCAACAAGUUGAACUGUCUGUAUUGAUUCCAACUAAUCGUGUUACAAUUGCAACAUCUACCUUUACUAAAUCUCAAGUCGGUCAUUACAUUGAGAUCGUGUGUCAAGCCAAUGGCUUUCCUCUACCAGAAUCAGUCACAUGGUACAACAACUCACAUGUCAUCAAUCCAUCUGAUAAAGUCACAACAACAUAUAAUACUUCAACUGGAAUUGCAAUACUCAGACUGACAUCACUGACUCGUUUUGAUUCAACUGUCAUUCAGUGCACUUUUAGACAAAAACUACUUGGAAAGCUUUAUACAUUUAGUAAUAGUUCUCAACUUAGAGUUACAGGAAAACCUGAUGCUCCCAGUGAUGUACAUCUCCACCUCUCUCUAAAAGUAGACAAUUUAUUGAAAGUGCGGCUAAAAUGGAAGCCGCCUUUGUACCACGGUGGACUUCGUAUGUUAGCUUAUCGUAUAUUAUAUUGGGAUAGACGUUUAUGUGGUCUUAAUUGGCAAGACUGUAAGAGCAUUAACGAACACUGGAUACUUGCUGAAAGGCAAGCGUAUCUCAUGUAUAUGAAGCUUCCUCAUGCAGAGAUGUGCUUUGCUGUGCAGUCUGUCAACGGUGAAGGUCUCAGUGCUGCAAGUAUGAUUAAGUGUACGUUUAAUAUGGAUGAGGAUGUACAACCCACUCCCACAAGCUCAAACUCAAUAACACCAUCUGAUAUCAGUAUCGAUGUUACUUCUGAAUUUCCGUCAUUAGCUCCCACUCAUCGUCCAGUAUCACAAAACUUCCAGUUUGCAUUCAGGAAUAUUAAGGAACUAUGCAGUCACUUAUUCACGGUCAACAAAGUUACUAUGAAAUCUGCUCUAGUCAGAUACUUUACAUUAUUUGGGCGAAUGCCUGUGGCAUUCACUGAUAUAAGAAAUGAGUCACUAGCAGUACUAGGUGGUCUCGUGUAUUACCAAGGAACGUUGGUCCAUGCCCAAGCUGACGUCAUUCUUAAAACAGUUUCAGAAUAUGUUGAAAAUGGAAAUGGGAAACAACGUCUUUUUGUGUCAGAUAAUUAUUUGGAGUUUCUUUCUUCUUGUCCUGUUGCAAUGAAUGGCCAACACAGCAGUUGUACAUUCAAUGCAAACGAUGCAGCCACACUGAACUGUAGCUUAUUAAAAGACGAAUCACUGCCGAUCUGUUCGGAGUCUGUGAUGUCAUCGCAACUGAAUCUGUAUCUGUUCAUAGCUUGUGGUGUCGUUGUGUUCCUUCUUAGUACAUGUUUGUUGAUAUCUUGCUGUUACAUACAACUUCUGAGGAAGAAACUAUCGAAGGUUGACCUUCAUCCUGUGGAUGAUGCUAAACAGAAUGUCACGAAACAGCUAACAACAUUCAAGCAAACAGAUGUGCAAACUGUAUUGAAUCCAUUGAAUUCAGUUUCUUCCAAGAGACAAGAUAGUUUAGAUUCAGCUAUUGGUGAAGUCAAUAGAGUGUCAUCAUCAUUAACAUCGUCAUCAUCAUCACCACCAUUAUCAGAUUCAGUUGUGGCUGGUGAUGUAUUUCAUGGUGAUCAAAUGGAUAAUGCAAUACAAAAAGACGUUGUUUGUUAAGUCUUGAUUGCCAGUUAAGUGGCAGCUGGAAUUUUUGAUUGUCAGGAUUGAGACAAUCAAACUUGUGUAGACUUAAUGAUUAACUUCUGUAGCAGUAGAAUGAACCUCGUAUAUACAAUUGCUUUACAGGUGAUCGAGAUAGCUAGAGGUAGCUUAGGAUGGUCGUGCUUGUGACCAUAUGAUGAUAUGUAUCUCAAGAGAGGUAGAGUCUUAUUAUACUAAAUGUUUUAGAGCUUUAUAUACAUGAUUUGCACAAUUUCUAUGGGUUUUUUGUAGGCCUAGCUGCAUGGAUGCUGACAUGCUGUACUUGUCCUUCAUAAACACAAUACAGUCAGGCUGCAACCAUUGCGCCUGCCAUACGAUCGAGUUUACAGUGAUGAAGCUGUACAGUGCAUGAUCUCAUUACAUUUACAGUCCUCUAGAAGUCUACGUAUACGUCUGACGAAAUUGAAACACAAAUGCUAGAGCUUAGUUGUGCUUCUCGGUGUAUGCAUCUCUGGAUCUGCGUCACAUCGAUAGAGGAAC